ACGUGUACGAAUGAGAAUGCCAUUGCGCUGCAGAGAAAAACAGAAGAGAGUGAGAGUAUUAUGAGAGAUUAGUCGUGAAAAGUACUGAAGCGCCCUCAAGGAUGAAAGAAACGCAAAUGCACAUUUAUUAAGCCAAAAUGAUUUAGUGAAUAUAGUCAAGUAUUAAGGCUAUCAAGUAUAGUUUCAUCGUCGUACUACUCGUACUGGCCAUCGUUUUCAUCAGACGCUUUAGACGUGUGUACGUUUGUGUGUGAGCCUGAGGCGUGAGUCAACAUCUCAGACCUUAAAAACAUUCUUAAUUUUAAAUAUCAAAUAGUUUUUUUAAUGUAAACACAAGAAAAGUAGUGAGGGGUAUGAAAAGAUAAUAAGUUACUGUUAAAUUCGUUUGACACGGAAACGUCCUCGAUCGACUGGACAAAAUUAACAUUCAAAUAAUUAGUACUUGUGAAAUGCCUUUACGUCGAGCAAAUAUUGCUGUAACUGAAAGGAAGCAAGAAAUUAGCGAGCCACAAAAAUCCAGUGUUCACGUAAAAUCUCAAGUCACAAAAACAGCUAAUAAUAAUCUUUGAAUUGUAUUACUUUUCAUGCACACUGACAUACGUACGAUACACUUUGAAAUACAACGCUAAGAAAUUUGAAUGUUUUUGCAUUUACGUCUCGUUGAAUUAUAUCUACAAGAAGAGUGCUAUAGGGGCAACUAUAACGAAGUAGAGAGAGAAGGAGAUAGAUUCUUUAUUGCGCUGAUGAGAAUGGUAUUGGAUCCUAAAGUAACUACUCUUCAUAACGAUUACGGAAGUUUUGACAAACCACUUGGUGAAGGUAGUCAAAAUAAAGAUACUGAAGCUACUGUUGAUGCCAGCAGCAGUGGGAUGGCGCAAUCCAGUGAUGUUUACCAAAGGCAGCCACUGCUUCCUGUUGUACAAACAAAAAGUAAGGAUAAAUGGGGUGGAGUUGGGUCUAGUUGUGAUUAUUAUGAAGAUGAAGAGGAUGAUAAAAUAGAUGGAUUAAAUCAUAUUUGUCAUCAAAACAUACAAAAUCGAUCUGGCAGUGGCAUUAUUAAAAUUGACAUACCAGCUCCACUCAGAGAAGAACCUCGUUUCCCUAAAGAGAAGUGGAAAACCUUUAUUGCAUUCCUGUUUAUGGUUGUAAAUUUUAUACUGACCACUACUUCUCUCGCCAUGGUUCAUGAUCGGGUACCAGAUCGAAUACCUCUCCCAGAUACAGUUUUAGAUAAUAUUGCUCCUCAAGAUUGGGCUCUUGAUGUAUCUGAAAUCUUAAUAAUGAUAAUGACCAGUUUUGCAAUGAUUUUUAUUAUUUUCCAUAAACACAGAUUUAUAGUUAUUAGACGUGUAUUUUUAUUAAUGGGACUAUUAUAUCUGAUGAGAAGCAUUACAAUGUAUGUCACUGUACUUCCAGUGGCUAGUAAAUCCUAUUAUUGUAGUCCCAAAAUAAAUAGUACAAGUCCACUAAUUGUAACUCAACGAGUUCUUCAACUAAUAUCUGGAUUUGGAUUGUCAAUCAAUGGCAAACAUACAUAUUGCGGCGAUAACAUAUAUAGUGGACACACAGUUGUGCUAGUUCUUUGUUAUUUAAUUAUUAAAGAAUAUUCACCAAAAAAAUGCCACCCUAUUCAUUGGCUGGCAGGAAUAUCUUCAUUUGUUGGAGUGAUUAUGGUAUUAAUUUCUCAUGGUCAUUAUACUAUUGAUGUAAUAAUAGCAUAUUAUAUAACAACGCGGUUAUGGUACAUAUAUCAUACAAUGGCAAACAAUUCACAGUUAAAACAAUAUGGAUCAAACAACUUUUUAGCUCGUCUUUGGUGGUUCCCUAUAUUUAGAUAUUUUGAAAAGAAUGUAAGUGGUACUGUUCCACGACAAUAUGAGUGGCCUUUACCCUGGCCUCGAAGAUUACUUGCCAAGCACCCUAACAGAGACAGUUAAUAUUUAUCAAAGCUUCAUAAAGGAGCACAUGUUCCACAGUGAUAUUUAAUGUAUAUACUUAUUUACGCUUAUGAUACAAAGUCACUUCAAAUAGUAAAUCUCCACAAAGUAAAAUUUUAUGUAAAUGUGUGGAGCAAGAGUUUGAAAUUUUUAAAUACUGGUCAACGUCCAAUCACAAGAUCAAACACUUUGUGAUCUGCUAUGCUCAAAACCGUUGCAUAGAACGGUUAUUCUAUUAUUUUGCAAUUUUUUGAUUUUUAUACAAUAUUUACAGAGAUGGAAGUAUGAAUAAAUUCUCAUAAAAAGUGUAAACAAUGUAGUAAGCCGUUUAUAAAAAGUAGAAAUUUAUCAAAUUAUGUUAGUCUAGAAUUUUGAAAACAGUUUUGCAUGGGUGAUAUAUUUUAUGUGUUAAUAAUUUACUUUUAUUGACAUGAAAAAAUUGUCUUUAGAUUUGACAAUUGAUUCAUAAAUAAGUUAUUUAGACACAACUAUUUGAUUCAAAAUUGAUUAUGCCAAAAUAUUUAACUGAAAGAUUUAUUUUAAUAAUUUUUCAAUUAAUCAUGCAAUAAAAUUUGCACUAAAAUCUAUUUACAUAAUUACAUUAAAUUUAGCUAUAAGAAACACACAUCAAUAUAAAAAGUCUCAUUUGAAAGUUCAAUUCAGUGAUUUCAUGGGACCAAUGACAUUGGUUGGGGACUUUGUUAAUUGUUUUACGUAUUUUAAUUAUUCUACAAUUUAUAGUUGGCAGAAACACAUAGUUUACAAUGAAUAUGAUACAUUGCUCAAAAAUAAAACUUCAGAACUGAAACUUAUGAAUAUUUUUACGUUUGUUAUAGUAAAAUUUACCAGAAAAAAUUACAAAAAAAAUGACUUAAAAACCUUUUUUUUUUUAAAGGUGUAUUUUGAACAUAGCAGUUGUUUACAUAGAUUUAGUUAAAGUUAGAGGAUUUAAAAAAUGCGCGAAUAAAUAAAUUUUGUAAAUGUGGCUUACAAUUAUGUAUAUACUUACAUACAAGUUGUAACCAAUUAGAUGACGUUAAGAAUGAAGGGUUUGGUAUUUUAAAUGUAUUAUUUGUUGUGCAAUGACGUGAAAUACUAAUAUUAGUAUGGAAACGAAAUAUACGAACAUCUUUUCAUUACAAUCUUUUACUAAAACAUUCAUGUAUUAUUUAAAAUUAAUUAGUUAUAAUUCAUUAAUUUUCAAGUUGUUGGUCUUGAAUAUAUAUUUCAACUAUACUUGCAAAUUUCAUUCGAUAGUUCAAAUACCAUUAUCAGGUAUGCAUGUGUAUAUAUAGCGUAUUAUAUAUGUACAUAUACCUUCAUAC